AUGGCGGUCGAGGACGAGGAAGACACGUCGGAAGGGGAGGAUCUGCUGGCGUCCGUAGAAUUCACACCGAGCGAGAGCAUCUCCUCGACCAGCGCGACUGCACCCAGCGAUGCGGAUCAAGAAGCGAGACAGGCACAAACAUCAACGCCGAAGACAUCACAACCUCCCGCGCCAUCAACAGAACCUGAUUACACAAGUUCGAAAUCGACUCUGUUUGCCCAAGACGAGCCCACGAAAACCACGCAGAACCCGCGGUCUCGAAAUCAAGAAACCCAGCCAUCAUAUGCCUCAGCGCGCGCCGCUUUGUUUGCUAACCGGAAACGAACCGAUCCGGCGCACGCCGCUGCCAACACAGGCGUGUCCACUGCCACCGCCGAAGCCAUCCUCGACCAGCAGGCCGGCGAGCGCGAAGACCUUGCCGAGAAAGUGUACAAGAUGGCACAGGCCAUGAAGAAGCAACAGAUAAGCAUUGCGUCCAGUCUAGACGCCGAGAAGGACAUUAUGGGCCGUGCGACAGAGGGCAUGGAACGAACGGGGCGUGGGAUGGAGGCUGCCAAGGGAACCAUGGGCUCGUUGAUGAGGAUGAGUGAAGGGAAAGGCUGGUGGGGGCGCAUCAUGCUGUACGCUUGGAUUUACGGGCUGAUGGUCGCUUUGGUGUUACUGGUCUUCGUCACGCCCAAGCUCAGGUUUUGA